AUGGCCUCCCAUCUCAUCCGCAGCAGCAGCACGGCCGGCUCCAGGGACGAAAAAGACGACCAGCUAUACUCCUCAACCACCACGGUGGAUGCUCCAGGAGUCUCGCUGGCAGAUAUCAAGAAGACGAACAACUUCACCUCCAAGCUUCCACCGGAUCCUGCUUUUGAUACCCCUCUGGCGUCACACAAUGCGCCGCGUGAACACCUGGGUCCUCGGCUUGUUAAAGGUGCGUUGUACACCUUUGUCAGGCCAGAGACUACCCAGGAGCCAGAGCUGUUGGCCGUUAGCCCUUGUGCGAUGAAGGACAUCGGUUUAAAGGAGGGCGAGGACAAGACGGACGACUUCCGGGACAUGGUUGCGGGAAACAAGAUAUUCUGGAACGAGACAAACGGAGGCGUUUAUCCUUGGGCUCAAUGCUAUGGAGAUAUAUAUAGUGGCACUUGGGCGGGCCAGCUUGGAGAUGGACGUGCGAUUUCUCUCUUCGAAACGAUAAACCCGACAACAAACAGGCGCUAUGAAGUUCAGCUCAAGGGAGCUGGCUUAACGCCGUACUCUCGUUUCGCUGAUGGCAAAGCAGUCCUUCGCUCCAGCAUUCGAGAGUUUAUUGUCUCUGAAGCACUAAACGCACUGGGUAUCCCAACUACACGCGCCCUAUCUUUAACUCUCUUACCAAACUGCAGUGUCAGGAGAGAAAAGCUAGAACCUGGUGCUAUAGUCACUCGUUUUGCAGAAUCAUGGAUUAGAAUAGGCACGUUUGACUUGUUACGGGCCCGAGGCGACUUGAAGCUCACCCGCAAGCUUGCUACUUACGUUGCCGAAGACGUAUUCCCUGGCUGGGAGUCACUUCCGGCAGCUCUACCUAAUGCUCAGGAAAAAGACAAACCUGUCGAUGGGGAAUUGAUAGACAAUCCUCCAAGAGGAGUGCCCAAGGAUGCGAUCCAAGGUGAGAAGGGAGCAGAAGAGAAUAGGUUUACCAGGUUAUAUAGAGAAAUAGUACGCCGCAACGCAAAGACUGUAGCCGCCUGGCAGGCAUAUGGCUUCAUGAACGGUGUGCUCAACACCGACAACACUUCUAUUUUCGGCUUAUCACUGGACUUUGGCCCAUUUGCCUUCAUGGACAACUUUGAUCCAAGUUAUACGCCCAACCACGAUGACGAGAUGCUGCGCUACUCUUACAAGAACCAACCAUCUGUGAUAUGGUGGAAUCUUGUGCGUCUCGGAGAAGCAUUCGCUCAAUUAAUGGGAAUUGGCGACAAGAUUGAUGACGAAACAUUCCUCUCCACUGGACUGAGUGAAGAACAAAAACCAGAUAUCAUCGCUCGAGCUGAGAAACUCAUCGAUCAAGCUGGAGAUGAAUUUAAAACGGUCUUCCUAAACGAAUACAAGCGUUUAAUGUCCGCACGUUUGGGGCUCAAAACACAAAAGGAAUCUGAUUUUAGUGAACUGUUCUCGAAUCUUCUCGACACUCUCGAGAAGCUAGAGCUGGACUUUAAUCAUUUCUUCAGAAGGCUAUCUGCACUCACGGUGGCAGAGAUAGAUAGCGAUGACAAGCGGAAGACGGUGGCCAGCAGGUUCUUCCACGACGAAGGCGUUGGCGGCAUUGGAAACACCGAAAAAUCCGCGCGAGAGAGCGUUGCUAAGUGGCUUUCAUCAUGGAAAGAGCGUAUAGUAGAAGACUGGGAUGAGAGUCAAGAUGAGGAGCGGAUACGCUCCAUGAAGGGGGUGAAUCCGAAGUUUAUUCCUCGGUCAUGGAUCCUAGAUGAGGUAAUCCAGCGUGUUGAAAAGCAAGGCGAUAGAGAGAUUCUGGGUCGAACCAUGAACAUGGCCCUCCGCCCGUUCCAGGAAGAAUGGGGUAUCAACAAGGAAGAGGAAGAGAGAUUCUGCGGCGAUGUCCCUCGGUUCAAGAGGAUGGCAAUGUGCAGCUGCAGCUCAUAA